AUGCAUAAUCAGGGUCCUCCCUGGCAGCAACGCGAGCAACUCAUAAUUCGAAGUGGUAUAGCUUUACUUCUUGAUUGUUUUAAGUUGGAACCAGACUGUUACGGACGCCCCUGCGGCGACAACCAGGUGUGUGUUCCGGGACUCCUUGCGGACGGGAACAUGAAUGGCUGCUCGUAUGCGUGCCUAAACGUAUCAGGACCUGUUUGUCCGCUUCCGGAAUGGCUAAAUGGUCCUCGGACGCCCGGCUCGAUUAACACUCUCAGUUGCAAUGCAUGGGAAGCAGGAGGAGGGACAGCAACAUGCGGCAAAGAUCUAAGGUGGAGCGCCGUGGUUAAAAAGUGCAGACCCAUUUUAAACCUCAAGUGUCAAAACGAUACGGUGUGUGCACCAAUCAACGCCCAGUGCCGUAGCGAGAGAUGUGAAUGCGAACCUGGCAUGUCGUAUAACUUCUCUGACAACCUGUGCGUUGCAGCUGUCUGUGUGAGUCCAAAGUACCUAGUGAACGGAGAAGAGCCGGUGUCGGACGCCCAGUUAAGCGCCUCGUCAGUUUAUCACAAUGAAUCGAGUCAUUGUGCCAGCAAAGCCAGACUACGUGCAAGUAUUCAAGAUGGUUAG